UGAUUGUUUGUUACAUUCGUUGCUGUUUACAAAGUGAUAGUUUGUUAAAAAUGACAAGUAGUUUAAUAAACAUAGUGCAAUUUGCAAAACAAUGCGAAAGAUCUUCCAUUUCAUUUUGGCGUCAAUUUUCUGUGGCAACAAAUUUGAAACAAAUAAAUGAUAAUUCUACGCCAAAAACAGGUGUUUUAAUGUUGAAUAUGGGUGGACCUGGUAGUCUCGAAGAGGUCCAUGAAUACUUACUACGUAUAAUGACUGAUCGUGAUAUGAUUCAGUUACCAUUUCAAAGUCGUUUAGGUCCGUGGAUUGCAAAAUCUCGUACACCUAAGGUGCAGAAAAAAUAUGCAGAAAUUGGUGGUAAAUCGCCUAUUUUAGAGUGGACAAAUAAACAGGGUAAACUUUUAUGUGAGAAAUUGGAUAAAAUUUCACCAGAAACUGCACCCCAUAAACAUUAUGUUGCGUUUCGUUAUGCAAAUCCUCUUACUGAAAAUACGCUUCAACAAAUACAGCAAGAUGGUGUUCAGCAUACAAUAUUAUUUUCUCAAUAUCCACAAUAUUCUUGUGCUACAAGUGGAUCAAGUUUUAUCGAGAUAUAUAAAUAUUAUACAAAAAGGCAGCCUCCAAGUAAUAUGAAAUGGAGUAUAAUAGAUAGAUGGGCAAUACACCCAUUGUUUAUACAGACAAUUACUGAAAGAAUUAAAGAAGAAUUAGCUCAGUUUCCUGAGGAUGUUAGAAAUGACGUUAUAAUUUUAUUUUCUGCCCAUUCACUGCCAUUAAAGGCAGUAUGCCGGGGAGAUCCUUAUGCAUCUGAAGUGGCAAGCACAGUUGCUCUAGUAAUGGAACAAUUACAGUAUUGUAAUCCGUACAAAUUAGUAUGGCAAUCAAAGGUUGGACCUGUAUCUUGGUUGGCGCCCUUCACCGACGAUGCUAUCAAAGCUUAUGUUAAGCAGGGGAAAAAGCAUUUUAUUUUAGUACCGGUAGCAUUUGUUAAUGAACAUAUUGAAACUCUUCACGAGCUGGAUAUUGAAUAUUGUAAAGAGUUAGCGGAAGAACUUGGAAUUGAAAGAAUAAGAAGAACUGCGGCACCAAAUGAUCAUCCCAUAUUCAUAGAAGCUUUGGCAGAUAUUGUUCAUUCACACCUCAAAUCAAAUAAACCUAUAAGCCCUAUGUUUCUAACACGUUGUCCUCAUUGUAUAAGUAAAAACUGUGCAGAUAGUAAAAAUUGGUAUGCACAAAUAUGUAAAAAUUAAAAACAAUGAAAAGUAUAGAAAAAGAUGCUUAACAUAUAUGUAUUGUAUUAUUUAUAUGUACAAACUAAAUACUAUAAGAGACUGUCGAUUUUGUUAAAUAUAUUUAAUAAGUACAGAUAGGUAUUGUAUUACAUAAAGAACAUAAUAAUUCUGUCAUACAAUGUUUUACAUAAAAUGUUAAUAUUUGUUGAGAA